GCCCGUGCGCGCGUUCAGUGACGUCACCCGGCAAAUAUUCCGGGCGGUCUCGGGAACGGGCGCGUGCUCGUGCCGCGCGGGCGCGAGCGGGGGAGGCAGGUCGCGCGCAGGCGCGCCCGGCGGUGGGCGGAGCGACGGUUGUCGUGCAGUUCGGGCGGGAAAGCGGCUCCGUGCGGCCGGGAUCGGCGGCCCGCGCCAUCUGUGGGGGCAUCGCCCACUGUGCUCUUAACAAUGAAACGCCGGAGGAAAUUUGGAAACCAGAAGGUGGAGGAGUGUGGGAUUUGGUUGGACACGGAGGAGCUGAAGAGAAAGAGAGCGAAGGCCCAUUCCAUUUCAGAGCUUCUGAAUCCUCUGUCUAGGAGCAAAUACAACAUUGAGGUUUCUCUAAAUCUCACGCAGACAAGGGCUCCCCAGCGCUGUGUCAAACAGACGACGGUCUCUUCCUUCUUCUUCCCAAAGUCCAAAGGUAAGCCUGGGAACAUCUCACAUGCCUCUAACCUGCAGGCAGUGGACACUGCCUCUCCAUUCUCUAGCACCAGUGAAGAAGAAACGCUUGCAGAUCAGCCUGAGCUGAUUGUUGACGCCGAUUCCUGUGCAGACGGCCUUGGCUUCAACACUAUGGCGGAUGGCAGGGAGAUGGGGCCCACGACCCUGAGAGAGGUCUGCCAUGCCACAGUGAGGAACGACUCUCCUCCCAGAACUGCACACAUCAACACUGCACUGACAUCAGAUGAGCAGAUUUCGGGCAUAUUACAGCAAACACAGCAUUCCCGUCACAAAGCUACCACAGGUAUUGAUGGUGUAACAAGUGAGUUGCAGUCCAGCACUACAGGGGAAACUGCUGCAUCCAUCAAAGGUCUGACUCUGUCUCCUGAUGACAGUACCCAACAUGACUUUACUCAGGAUUCACAAGGGAACAGAUUGAUUUCACACAGGGGGUCAGCAUGGUCCGCUGCUGUCAGUUCCCCACUAAAACGUGAAGCCUGGCCUCACGCUGACUCCGAAACGCCGUGCGUCGAGAGCUUCAGAGCAGAGUUAUCAGACUCCAUCACCUCGACACAGUGCACUGCAAGCAGAGCACGGAGUUUAUUCAAAAGGAAGGCAGUGCCUUCACCCAAGAAACUAAACUCAGACCGAGGCAAAGGUUCAUUUCUAGACGAUAAGGAAAAUAUCUUCAAGCCUGCAUUGUCUCAUUUCAUGGGAAAGAGGAGCAAUCUGAAUCAAUCGUCUUUGAAAAGGACCCCAUUGCCCUUGGGAAGUGUUUCCCUCCCGCAGUGUCUGAGUGUACCCUAUGACAAACCCAUGGCUUUUAAGAGGUGGCAAGGGCUGCCCAGUGACCAGUGCGAGCUGUCAGAUUUGUUCAGCCAAGAUUCACAGGGGAACCAGGUUAUCUCCCAUCGGAGCAUGAAUAGCAGGAUCAGGGUGGCCCCUUCCGGGGGCAGUGGUCCCCUGCGUGCUCUGUGUCAAUCACCCCCUGUGGUGGGGCUGGAAGAUGAUAUCACAUUCUCACCACUGUUUACACAAGAUUCUGAGGGCUAUGCAGUGAUCAAACACAGUUCAAGAGCAAUGAAUUAAUUAUUUGCUUUGUUUUUGGAUCAUCGCUUUUCUCCUUCUUAUCCUGAAGGUAAAUGUAAAAGUUAAAAGGAAUAAAGAUUAUUUUCA